CGUAUUGAGUUAACAUAUCACUGUGGAAACAUAUCUAUCUUUCAGUGCUUCUAAUGUUAAAUAACAUAUUUUUGUUACCGAAGGUGUCCAGCAAGCUAUGAGCGGGCGCAGGUAGUCGGAUGGCCGCAUGGGCAGCCUACCGGACCUGACGGAACGCACGCGGCACUGCCGGCCCGCCGCGCGCACCGUCUCCGACCCGCACAGGCACCGCACUGUUGUUCCGCAGAUACCAGUGAGCACAAUUUACAAGAAAGAGUGGCCAUGGAGAAAGACCAAAACACAAUUAAAAAUGCCGGCUGUAAAUGCGAACAGACGACGGGAGUCAGCCGCGUCCUCUCUCGGGGCCGCCUCCGUGCGCCGCCUCAUCACACGACAGCCACAGAAGAUACCAAAGCUCAUCAUCACACGGUUCACGCUCCUCUGUAUAGCCAGUGGCCUAUGUUCUACGGCCAUACUUCCCUUCACAGCAUACGCAGGGGCAGAAGCGGGAGCCAUGCCCCUCGCCGUAAUGCACACAGUCGCUGCUAUAGCGGCUCCGUUCUCUCCAUUAAUUCUUCAAAAAACCGGCACAAGACACGUGAUCACUCUGUCACAUGUUCUAGUGUGCGUUCUCUUAGUUGCACACACGAUCGCCACACCGCUGUCAAUUCUACUAUUCCUAUACGCAAUUUGUGGCGUGAUGCUGUCUCCUAUGGAGCUAGCAUUAGCAGCAUCAGCUACGUCUUUCGCUCAAGCGGCAGGCGAUGAGAGUAGACGAAAGAUUGCAUUGCGAAGAGCGUUGAGAGCUCUGCGAGCAACGCAGGAUGUAGGGCUGGUCAUUGGAUCACUGAUGCUCGGUGGAGCGUUGCUUAUUUGGCCAGAAGAUCUAAUGCCGCUACUACAGUUACCAGCUAACACGAUGCAAAACUUUUCAACACCAGGGUGGCCGCCGUCUGAAGAUGAUUUGGUUGAAGAAGAUAUAGAGGAGCGAACAUGUGGGGCGUCUGGCUGUCCUGACGUGCAGUCCCUAGUUGGUACAGCACUAAGCGCGGAGGGCCGCAGAGUGGUGGUGGCGGUGUGGGCCGGGCUGGCACUGGCGGCCGCGUUCCUGGCCCUCUACGGGGCUGCCUCUACGCCCUCCCCGCCGCCGGACGCAAGGUCCGUGCUGAGGGACCCAAGGUCGCUGCUCGGCGCGCCGAUGGGCCUCUUCAUUGGGUUGCAACAGGGUUUUAUUUAUACGUCUUAUAUUAAGUGGUAUGGUGUAUGUGUCGGCGGGUGGAGUGAAGCGUGGCGCGCGCUAUGUGGUGCCGGAGCACUGCAAGCGCUUGCUGCGGCCACGCUCAGCAUGGCAGCGGCUCGAGGACGGCGCGGGGCCCUCGCUGCGGGCGGUGCAGCAGCGCACGCGUCGCUGCUGCUAGCUCUGCUGCGCUGGAGGGCGGCAAGGACAGACUUGGCGCUGCCCACGGUUGCUGCGGCCGCGUGGGGCGCUUGUGCUGCCUUGUGGGAUGUGUUGCAGAGCGGCAUAUGCGUGGGAGGGCCCGGCUGGCGCGGCCCCUGGUCGUUCACGCUCACAGCGCGCCACGCCGGCCUGGCCCUAGCAUGCGGUGCGCGGCAGUUCCUUUGUGUGCGCACACAACUCGCCGUGCUCGCGCUGGCCCUGUUAACUGCGCUGACGUCACACGGAGCCUUGGAGCUGCGACUCAGACGGGACCUCCGGCAUAGGUCCUGACGAUAUGCACAUAGCAGCGAUAGAGAGGACAUCGCGUUCCAUGUUAUCGCUUGAUACACUAAAUACUGAACGGUUCAGUAAUACUGAAGAGGUUACAUUGCAUUUGUGAGAGAUGGAACUUUAUUGUAGUGAGAUUAUUUGAUGGAUAAGCAGGCGGUGGAGGUGCACAAAAAACUGUUAUAUCAAAUACAUUAAUUCAAGCUGAAGGCUAUGUGUAAUGUGAUGUACAUUGUACAUAUAAAUGUAAAAUAAUUUUUGAACUAUUUCUCCGACUUCAUUUCGAGACUGACUGUGUGGGUGUGUAGUUGAAAUCAGAAAGUGCAAGAAAAAAGCAAAUAGGUGUAACUAUUUUCUAUAGAAUAAGAUCCCAAUGUACUUAGAUCUGAAAGUAAUUGUACGAGUGUAUAUUUUUUCUAAAAUCUUUACUGCUUCAUUCUUCCACUUUCAUACAUUCCACAGGCACAUUGAGAUCUAUAUCAAGCAUUAAGUUAAGGCGCGCGUCUAUUUAUUACGAAAAUGUUGUCAAGUGUAUAUGCGGCCUUUUAUCUCUCUUCUACUUUAUGCCCCGAACAGGGUGUACUUCUAAGCGCUGUGAAUGUUUAAUGUUAGAUAUACACAAUCUAUGUACUUAAUUAAGAUUAAAUGUAGGUUUUGUAAUAAUUUAUUCUAAUACUUCUACUAUCUCAAUCAUAUUUUUUAAUUCGAUUCUUCAAUAGAUGUAAUAUAGUGUAAGUUUUUAAUGUGAAAUUGUUGAAAUUAUGCAAGUGGGUGGUGUUUGUGACCCUUUCUGACCCCGUUAUAAAUAUGUCAAAUGUUUAGAUUGGUACAGAGAAUAAAUAUUGAUUGUUGGUUGUUAA